AGAUUAUGCGCAUGCGUGUGGACUUCCGAUUCCUGAACGUUCUCUUCGCUUGACCAAUUGACCAGUCUGUGUGAACCUGUUUGUGCUUUUAAUCUUCAAAAGGUUCCUAACUUAGGUCCAGCCAUGGUGUGCAUUCCCUGCAUUGUUAUCCCUGUUCUGUUGUGGGUCUACAAGAGGUUCCUUGAGCCCAUCCUCUAUCCUUUCAUCUCGCCCAUCAUCAAUACAUUCUGGACUAAAAAAGCAGUGCAAGAGUCUGGCUCAAAUGAGAAGUGCAACGGGACAUCCAAGGAGCCCGAACACAAUGGCGAGGUUACUGCCAAUGGAUCCACUGUGGCGAGCGAUAAGAAGACUGACUGAUCCUUCUAACUAGUGGUCACCACAUAAAACUUAAUUGUAAAUAUUUUUGGAUGUUGCAUUCCUAAUUUUACAGAUGACACUUAGUUUAUUAUUCAGUUUUGUCAACAUAUUGUUAAAUAUUUCAGCAAUUACCAUUUUUUAUCCACUUCAAAUGUGAUGUAAAAUUUAAUAAAGAAAUAAAUUAUGUAUAUUAAAAGAC